AUGGCAUUAAGAGGUGCUUGGCAGUUGAACAAACUGAUAGUGAGUUAUUGUGAUUGGGGAGGGAGCAGCAGAGGCAUUAGAGCUUUUAUGGAAUCUCAUUUGCCAGCAUUUAAAGAGGUUACUCCCCAUCUUGAGGUGGUAACCGAGUGUAAUCGUGGUCAGCAUCCUUAUUUGAAAGGUUUAUACAGGAACAAGAAUGAGAGAGUUGUAUCUGUCAAAAAUAUGACUCCUGAGGACAUACUACUUUGUGCGACGAGGCUGAGGAAUUCACUUGGAAGAAAGGUGGUCAAGAUGAAGACCAGACAUGUUACCAAGCAUCCUAGCGUGCAAGGUACAUGGACGACAGACUUGAAGCUCAGCUGA